GUAUUGACUGUCAUCAAACCUCGCCAAAGAAAAGCAUCUUCGACCAAACAAAAGUAGAAAGACUGCAACUUUGCCCGAAUUCCUAACUUCCCUUCCAGUUCCACCACCAUCAUCAUCAUCAUCAAUCUCUUCUCUUUUACUCUUUAUCUCUCUGUCUCUAGACAGCUCAAUCUCGUCGAUUUACAGGAGAAGAAACAGCUACUCUGUUUGUGGGUCAGAUUGAUUUCGCAUCUCUAUCACGUGUCCGCUGAAAUUAAUCAAUUGAUUGAUUAAGAAAACCACAUAGCAAUAUGGGUUCUGUGACAGUUAAUCAGCCUUCCAAGAACACAUACGGUGUCGAUAAGCUUCCCCACGAAAUGAAUGAAAUGAAAAUAAAGGAUGAAAAGGAUAUGGAAGCUUCUGUAAUUGCGGAAAAUGGAACAGAAACAGGACAUAUAAUCGUUACAACAAUCGGGGGUAGAAAUGGCCAACCGAAACAGACAAUUAGUUAUAUGGCUGAGCGUGCGGUUGGACAAGGUUCAUUUGGGAUAGUUUUUCAGGCGAAAUGCUUAGAGACUGGUGAGACAGUCGCGAUAAAGAAGGUUCUUCAAGACAAGAGAUACAAGAACAGAGAGCUACAAACAAUGCGUUCGAUUGACCACCCGAAUGUAGUAUCCUUAAAGCACUGUUUCUUCUCGACAACAGAGAAAGACGAGAUGUUCCUGAAUCUGGUGAUGGAGUAUGUACCCGAAACAGUUCAUCGCGUUAUUAAACACUACAACAAGAUGAAUCAAAGAAUGCCCAUGAUCUAUAUUAAAUUAUACACUUUCCAGAUAUUGAGGGCACUUGCUUACAUUCAUGGUGUUCUUGGAGUUUGUCAUAGGGAUAUAAAGCCUCACAAUCUGUUGGUCAAUCCGCAUACCCAUCAAGUGAAACUUUGUGAUUUUGGAAGCGCUAAAGUCUUGGUGAAAGGAGAGCCAAACAUAUCUUAUAUCUGUUCGAGAUACUAUAGAGCGCCCGAGCUUAUAUUUGGUGCAACCGAAUACACCACAGCUAUCGAUAUUUGGUCUGCCGGUUGUGUUCUGGCUGAAUUACUCCUCGGGCAGCCUCUGUUUCCGGGUGAGAGUGGCGUAGACCAGCUUGUUGAGAUCAUAAAGGUAUUGGGGACACCAACCAGGGAAGAAAUUAAGUGCAUGAAUCCAAACUAUACAGAAUUCAAGUUCCCCCAGAUUAAAGCUCACCCUUUGCACAAGAUCUUCCACAAACGGACACCCCCAGAAGCAGUGGACCUUGUGUCGAGACUUCUACAAUACUCUCCUAAUCUUCGAAGCUCGGCUAUCGAAAUAUUGAUCCAUCCCUUCUUCGACGAGCUUCGCGACCCGAAUACCCGACUUCCAAAUGGGCGUUUUCUUCCCCCGCUAUUCAACUUCAAACCUCACGAACUGAAGAAUGUUCCGACAGAAAUUUUGGUGAAGUUGAUUCCUGCACACGUGAGAAAGCAGUUGGGUUUUCUUGGAGCAGGAUUAAUAUCAUGAAUUGUAGCCAUGAUCUUGGGAAUUUGUUGAAGAUAAAUAUAGUAUUGCUGCCUUUUUUAAGAUUUUAUUUAUUACUCUCUUUUUAUUCAUUAUUGCAAGGGCUAAAGUAUAUAUUGAAGAUUUUCGAGACACAAAGGGUUGAUUUUCUUUAUAUUUAAAGAGAUUAAGUUUUAACAUUA